AAAGCUUGACCUGAUUGCACCUACACCAUGUUGUUGAUGAGCUAAACAACAUACUGCUAUAUUUUGGAGAAAAGACCAUAUUUAAGGUAGAUUUGUUGUACCUUGAAACUGAACAUUUCCGAACAAUACCUGUUUGAGGCUUCUAUACCUCUUUUUGGUGUAUUUUUGCACACUGACUGACUGACACGAAACAAGGGUGACCAUUUGAAGAUUCCAAAUGGAGAAUCCGGCCUUCGAGCCUCCGCAAUAUGAGGAAACUGAGCACAGAGAUAUCAGGCCGUCGGUGAUUAGUGCCUUUGGCCAUGACACACUGGACCGCGUGCCCAACAUUGACUUCUAUCGCAACGCUGGCAGUGUCAGUGGUCACCGAGCUGUUCGGCCCUCUCUGCAGGAGCUCCACGAAGUCUUCCAAAAGAAUGGAGAGCUUGAUAUCCCUGACACAGUGGAUGAUACCGAAGGGAGUAUCGAUACACCUGAUGAUGAUGCUGAGAUGGCUAUGCCACCCGCCAAAGAUGGCGGUGUUAAAUUUGGCUGGAUAAAAGGUGUCUUGGUGAGAUGCAUGUUAAACAUCUGGGGAGUCAUGCUGUUCAUCCGCCUGUCGUGGGUGUUUGGACAAGCUGGAGCAGGUUUGGGUGUGGCGGUUAUCCUCUUGAGUAUGGUGGUGACCGUCGUCACUUGUCUGUCCAUGUCUGCCAUCUGCACCAAUGGAGUGGUCAGAGGAGGAGGGGCAUACUACCUGAUCUCCCGCAGCUUAGGACCAGAGUUCGGAGGUUCCAUAGGUCUCAUCUUUGCCUUUGCCAAUGCUGUGGCUGUGGCCAUGUAUGUGGUGGGAUUUGCAGAGACUCUUGUGGACCUUCUCGAGGACAACGAUCUUCUUAUGACGGGCGCAGUAGUGAACGACAUCAGGAUUGUUGGCUGCAUCACUGUAGUGGUGCUUUUGGGGAUUUGUCUCAUAGGAAUGGAGUGGGAGGCCAAAGCUCAGAUUGUUCUUCUGAUCAUCUUGCUCGUGGCCAUUGUCAAUGUUUUUGUUGGGACAUUCAUUCCUGCCACUCAGAGCAAAAAAGAGCAAGGCUUUUUCAAUUACCAUUUGUCUAUUCUCUCAGAAAACUUCACGCCUGAUUUUCGAGAGGGAGAGACCUUCUUUUCUGUCUUUGCCAUCUUCUUCCCAGCAGCCACUGGGAUCUUGGCAGGAGCAAACAUUUCUGGGGAUUUAAAGAAUCCUAAUUCUGCUCUUCCCAAAGGAACACUGUUGGCCAUUUUUAUCACAGGUGUAACAUACCUUGCUGUGGCCCUUUGUGUGGUGGCAACUACUGUUCGUGAUGCAACUGGCAGUAUUAAUAGUAGCAUCACUGCAGGAACACCCUGCGACUUUAAUGCGGCAUGUGAGCUUGGAUAUGACUUUUCAGUUUGUGCAACAACAAAAUGUCCUUAUGGGUUGAUGAACAACUUCCAGGUCAUGACCAUGGUGUCAGGAUUUGGGCCCCUCAUCAUUGCCGGGACCUUCUCAGCCACUCUCUCCUCAGCUCUAGCCUCUCUUGUCAGUGCACCCAAAGUCUUUCAGGCAUUGUGCAAAGACAAGAUCUACAAAGGCCUGGGAAUCUUUGCCAAAGGAUAUGGCAAAAACAAUGAGCCUAUUCCGGGCUACGCACUCACCUUCGUCAUUGCUGUUGCGUUCAUUUUAAUAGGUGAUCUAAAUGUAAUUGCUCCCAUUAUAUCCAACUUCUUCCUGGCGUCCUAUGCUCUCAUUAACUUCUCCUGCUUCCAUGCCUCCUAUGCCAAGUCACCAGGAUGGAGGCCUGCCUAUAAAUUUUACAAUAUGUGGUUGUCCCUGUUCGGAGCUCUGCUGUGCUGUGUUGUGAUGUUUGUCAUUAACUGGUGGGCAGCACUGCUGACAUAUUUCAUAGAAAUCAUCCUCUACGUCUAUGUGACUGUCAAGAAGCCAGAUGUCAACUGGGGCUCGUCGACUCAGGCUGUCACAUUUGUCAGCGCGGUGAAUAAUGCUCUUUCAUUGUCCGGUGUGGAUGACCAUGUAAAGAACUUCAGACCUCAGUGCUUAGUGUUCACUGGAUCUCCAAAGAACAGGCCUGCCCUCCUAGAUUUAGCCCAUUCCUUCACGAAGAUCUACGGACUCUGCAUUACAUGUGAAGUAUUUGAGGGGUCACGUGUUGAGACGCAACAGGAAAUAGCUGAGAGCGUGGACAGUAACCUUGCGUGGAUCAAGUCUAAGAAGCGCAAGGCAUUCUAUGCUCCAGUGGCAGGCAGCAGCUUAAGAGAGGGAGCUAACACUUUACUACAGGCUGCUGGGCUUGGCCGUCUAAAACCUAACACUGUGGUUCUGGGAUUCAAGAAAGACUGGAGAACGGCUAGCAACGAGGAUGUGAAUAACUAUGUUGGCAUAAUCCACGACUCUUUUGACUUGGAGUAUGGAAAUGUGAUGUUGAGGGUCAGCGAGGGACUUGACAUUUCCGUCCUCCUCAAGCAUAAUGACGGAGGGACUCACCAGGAACAGAAUGGCAAGGAUAAAGGCAAAAUAUCCAAGAGAUCCAAAAGAGUAUCAGAGCAAGUGCUUACAACACGAGUAUCUGUGAAUGUUCCACAGUCUACUGAGGACGCAAGGGCAAACCAGGCACUGAUGCAUGCAAGCAACCAGUUCAAAAAGAAAGUCGGCAAAGGCACCAUUGAUGUGUGGUGGUUGUUUGAUGAUGGAGGUCUGACCCUGCUGCUCCCCCACAUCCUCACUACCCGAAAGAAAUUCAAGGACUGCAAGUUGAGAAUCUUCAUUGCUGGUCUGCCUGGCCGAAUCCAGCAAGACAAAGACGAGAUGGUGCUACUCCUCAAGAAAUUCAGGAUUAAAUGUGAUGACAUCCAUGUCAUUCCUGACAUGAAUGCCAGACCAACCUCUGCCAGUUUGAAGGCAUUUGAUGACAUGAUUGCACCAUUCCGUCUGAAUGAGGGAUCCAAUGGCACUGCCCAAGCAGAAGCUCAGAAAAAGGAGAGCCCAUGGAAGAUCACAGAUACUGAACUGGAGACAUUUGAGGAGAAGACAAAUCUUCAAAUCCGCCUGAACGAACUCCUUCAAGAGAAAUCCAGCACAGCCAAACUCAUCAUUGUGAGCUUGCCCAUUGCUCGUAAGGGAUCUAUCUCUGACCACCUGUACAUGGCCUGGCUGGACAUCCUAACAAAGAACCUACCACCAACUCUGAUGAUCAGAGGAAACCACAAGAGUGUGUUGACCUUUUACUCUUAAACUGACAAUAAAAUGCCAUUCCGUUGUACAAAACAAAAAAGGUGCGCACACACACUACGGAAUGGAUUGGAGUUACAUGCAGCAGUUACGCUGCCCUCUUCUGGAUUUGUUAAUAUCCGCUCUCCCGUUGUAAAAGUGCGCAUGGUAGUUAGGUGACAGAUGAUGAUAAAGACAUUAAUACAAUAUUAAUGGAUUUUAAAAGCAACCAUGUAAGCUAAAGGUCUGGUUAAGGCCUACAGUGAGGGUAGAUGAAAUGCAAAUAAUGACACUGUAAAAAAAGAAGGCUAAUUCUUAUGUCUCAUACAAGGAUGAGCAUAUCUUAAGACAUAUAUUUAAAUUAAUUCCUUGGACAGCUGUACAUUUUGGGGAAAAUAUCUGCUAGCCUUUAUUAUUGUAUUAGCAAAAAUAAUUGAUAUAGCUUGUUAUUUCCUUGUUUCUGUUUUAUGCCUGUGAUAUUUGGAUGCUUUCCUGUAUAGUGUAUUUAACCUUGUGUUGCUUUUGUUGUAAUUUCUGGGAAUAAAUAAAAGAUAU